AUGCUACGCCAUUUUGGAUAUAGCGCUGCUGACCACGAGCGAUAUUUAGGCAACGGCCAAGGCCAAUCAGAAUAUGCCGCGACUGCUAAGCUAUCCCAAACAACCUAUCCAUGCUCUUCAGCCCCGCCUAUUCCCGAGGACAAAGAUGCAGCUGCCUUCAGCAGCCUCGAAUCUAUCUGGCCAGCAAGUUUCCCAUGCAUCAACUCAGCAGACCUGGAGCCGGCGUUUUCGACUGGAGAGUCGCUUCAUUUGGAUCCUUUGAACACUCUCUUCUUCAGAAACUGCACAAGUACUGGCAUCGCGGCUGUGCCGUCUGUUCAUCAUUCAUUUGGCACGACUUGGAACCACUAUCCCCAUAUCCCUAUUCCCUCCAGGCAACAGUCUAUCAUCUACGAACCAGUAGGAUCUAUCGGAACACACAGAGCUCCAACCUUAUCCAUUUCCAGCAUCAGUGGCAUGCAAUCAUAUUCGUCUGAACCCCGACUCAAAGAUGAUUCAUUAUCCGACGAUAGCUGCCAGAUGACAGAAUCGUCAACGACAUCUAGAAAAAGAUCUCAGGACACCCCCAGAGAUGGUAGGGCCGACUCCAUAAGUCGAAUGGAGCGCCCUUUGAAGUUAAUGCGGACCGACAGGCAUUCAAGGAAACGACGAUCCUCAGGUGGAUUCCAGGGCGCGCUUUCAUUUCAAGGUGUGAACCUCACCGACGAUCAACAGGACGAGGAUUACAGCAAUCUGAGCACCUAUCAAAGAGGUUCAGAAUAUUUGACAGCCAAGCAAAAAAAGUUUGUCCGGCAUUGGUUUGAAACCUUUGCAUGUUCUGACUCUCGACUCGCCCGCUCGAACGAAGCCAUGAGCGCGUUAGCAACACUCAUCCAAGCUCGACCCCAAAUUGUAUAUGAAUAUCUGAACAAAACUUACCCAAGCCUCAGCAACACUAGCCCGUCUUCAGCAAAUCAGCAGGUCGAUACCCCUUCCCUGCAGCAGUGCCUACCCGUAGAACCUUACGUUCUCACAACAGCAAACGCCCACCUCCCUCCUAGCACACUGUUUCUCGUUGCCAAAUACAUCACCGCAUGCCGGCGCCCACGUCCCCGCACCGACGGCCGCCGCAGCGUAAACACGGGCCCCUAUCGCUGCACCUUUGGCUGCGGGUACCGCACCAAGCGUGCCUUUGACUGGCGACGCCACGAAGAAACGCACGAACCGCAGGAGAUAUGGUUGUGUACCUUUUGCUGUCAGCCUGACGGCAAAAAGGAGCCUUUCAUGGUAAGCCGCAAGGACAAGUUCCUCAAGCAUGCAAAGGAGAGCCAUAAAGAUUGGAUGCCAGAAAAGGUGCUGGAGCUGAGCAAGGUGGAUUACAGACCGAGGGGAGAUUUGGGGUGUCCGAUUUGUGGGUGGAAAAGCGAGGGGGAAGGGGGCUGGGAUGCGCGGUGUAAACAUGUGCUGGGGCAUUUCGAGGAUGAGGUUGAGCGGGGUUUGCGCAAACCGAGACUAGUAUCUGUUGAGGGUGAUGGAGUGAAAGUCAGCGUCGAGGGGAGUGUUGCUUCGGAGAGUGUGUUGAGUGGUGGUAGUGACGAUGAGGAUUGCGGCAUGCUGGACUGA